AUGUCUUUAGAACUGUUUUUAGAGAAACUUGCCAAUGUUGGAAGGAAUAUUGAGGGACGUUUAGAUGAUGUAUCAGAUGCGUUCAAGUCGAAAUCUAAGUCAAUGAGCGAUCAGGCAAUGAAAUCCUUUGGAAAGAAAUUUAAAGACAAAUGUCAUAAUUGUGGUAAAAUAGGACAUGUGAAGCGAGAUUGCAGGUUAAAAUCAGAGAAGUCAGAGAAGUCUGAGAAAUCUGAAGCAUCCAAUUCCGGUGACAGCGCUCAUCUCACAGGAAAUAUUGAAUGGUUUUCCUCACUUAAAAAGAUGGAUGUACCACUUGUAUUGAAUAUUGCCGAUGGUAAAAAGUUAGAAGCUACUCAUGUCGGUGACAUACAAAUUAAAAAAUCAUUUAAUGGCAUUAAAUGGGAAAAACGAAUGUGGGAAACAGUAUACUACUACGAAAAUAUGGGUAGUGAAUCAUUAUUUUCAACGACAUUUAUGGAGAGGACCAAGGGCUUUGGAUUCUAUCAUGGAAAUGGAAUCAUGUGA